GAAUAUCUAAGGACUGAGUCAGACACUGGGAAAGACGAAGGGUCCAGUCAGCUUCUUUACCACGGGUUUUCUAGAAUAUUAACUGCACUAAGGAAAAUCUGUGAACACACACAAGAGGAAUAACUGAGUUUGUUCACUAUCGAUACUUUGGCAGCUGCAGAAACUGACAUCAGACAACAGCCAGGAUACUAACAGACGACAUGCAGUCCCAGCAACAUGUGGACGUUCUGGACCAUCUAAAUGGCUCUCGUAUCGUCUUCUCUGACGAUGGCUCUUCUUCCAGCCAGCAGCAUCACCUGCCCCCUCCAGACCUGACCCAGGAGGUGGUGGUCCUCACCCCAGGGUUUCCCACUCCACCUCUUAGCCCUUUCCGUUCCACAAGAUUGCCACCUGUGGAGAACUUUAAGGUCUCAGACGUCAAUGGGAGUGACCCUCUUACUGACCCUCUACGUUUUGGAUCAUACUAUGGCCCUUCUCAGUCAAAUGGAGGUCUGUCUAAUGGAGUCCAGACAAGGAGCUCUUCUACUCUGCCGCGCAGGGCAGCUACGAGGGAGGAACGCCUAAUCAAAUUCUCAGGGAUUGGCCCAGUAGAUGAGACAGGAAUGCCCAUUGCCUCUAGAUCAAGUGUGAACAAGCCUAAAGACUGGUACAGGAGCAUGUUCAGACAGAUCCACAAGAAGCCUGAAGAGAUGGAUGCAGACUCUGAGCAGUGGUCUGCUGAAAGGACCCAGGCUGUUGUCACCAACUCAUCCAGUGGGCAGGAGACUCUGACCCAUAUGGACAAUUAUGGAGCCCUUCCUGACUGGAGUGACCUGGGAGUUGAAGAGAAGCUUUCAGACCGAUGGGGGCAGCCUCCGCAGCCCAAGAGUAUAUUUGAUUUUGAACCUGGACAGAGCACCACCUCCGACGUCCCCAACCAGGUGCCAAAGCCCCAGCAGAAGCCCCAGCAUCCAGUUCUACAGCCGGGCCAGCAGCCAGCUCUACGGCCGGGCCAGCAGCCACCUCCACAGCCGGACCAGCAGCCAGCUCAGUACAAACCCACAGAGAAACCCUGGUCCCCUAUAGACAAGCCGAGUAAGCCAUCCGCCUUCGAGGAGUCCCUGCUCUCUGAGCUUAGCUGUUUUGAGGCUGAACUGGCAGCGGACAUCCAGGGCCUGGAGAGGAGGCUGUCCCAGAAGAAGCAGACGCGACGAGGCCGGGGUGAGAGUGCCCGGAAUGUUGAUCCAGUAACUUCUGCAAAGUUAGGGACAACACAUGACAACAGCUUUUUGACUAGAGCAAAGCAACCUCAACAUUGUCCCAUUGUCUCCGCAUCAGUGGUUGCUCAGAAGGCAGCCCCAAGUCCACCGCAUGUAGACCAACUCGCCACUACACCUGAAUCCAUGGAUUUCCCACCCAAGAGGCAGGAGAAGCAGAUGAAAGCAGCAAGAGCCAAGUUCAAUUUCCAGGCUCAGUCACCCAAGGAAUUGUCUCUCCAGAAAGGGGACAUUGUUUACAUUCACAGACAAGUAGACACCAACUGGUUUGAAGGGGAACAUCAUGGGAGAGCUGGCAUCUUUCCCACAACCUAUGUGGAGAUUGUACCUCCUACAGAGAAGCCCACACCUAUUAAGUCUCCCACCAUCCAGGUGCUGGACUAUGGAGAGGCUGUGGCUCUUUACACCUUUAAUGCAGACCUGCCUGUUGAGCUGUCCUUCCGUAAGGGCGAGGUGAUCAGUGUGACCAGGCGUGUAGAUGAUAGGUGGCUUGAGGGCCGGAUCCCAGGGACCAGUCGGAGUGGCAUCUUCCCCACUAACUACGUCCAAGUUAACAAGUUGCCCCGCACCAAAUCAGCCUCGGAUGACUACCCAUGCUCUAUGUCUUCCUCAUCCCCAGAACCAAUGAGUCCCGGGCGCCCUUUACACUCACCCUGCUCGCCUCUGACCCGCUCGCCCCUCAGUCUGACCCCCUCCUCCCGUAGCCCUGAACCUGGAUACUCUCCCUUGAAGCCGUCCUCCCCCAUACCCCAGGGCACAGCAGCUUCCCAGGCACGGUCAUCUCCCCAGCCUACACUAUCCAAAGAAGCACCCAAUUACCAGGCUCACCCCACAACUGUGCAUGCCUCCCCUACCUCCCAAAACAGCCACUGGGGUGGGGCACCCCCAGCUACAUGCAACUCCAUUGGCAGAGCUGUUUCAUCAUCCAAUCAGUUAUCACCAUCUGCCAAUAGGGGAAGGGAAGCCCCAGUCAGCAUCCUCGAAAAACAAGCUUCCCAUAAUGUGAACUCGACAGGGGUGCAACGCCAACCAUACAAAGCUGUUUACAAUUACAAACCACAGAACAGAGAUGAGCUAGAGCUGAGAGAGGGUGACAUCGUACAAGUGAUGGAGAAGUGUGAUGAUGGGUGGUUUGUAGGUACGUCAGAAAGGACUCGUGCAUUUGGGACCUUUCCUGGGAACUAUGUGACACCAAUGUAACUGCAUCACGCCACCUGUCCACUCCACAAACACUUGGACUGCCGUGGACAUGUGUAAUCUAGCUUGCUUUAACCAGCACAUUAGAUCAACCCCAACAUUCCCUGUCCUCCUCUGUCUGAAAACCUGGUAGACAGGUCUGCAUGUUCGCCACAGAAAACAGCUGUUGGUGGAGCUGGAGGCAGGAAACUGUGUGGUUUGAUGACUCACCCCUAGCAUGUGUUUUGUCACUGAAUAGACUUGAUUUUCACAAACACUGCUUGAACGGAUAUAAAGAAUGAUGAUGAUGCUGUUCCAGGUGUGAAGAAAUCACUUUGUCCCCAUUGAAGUGGCUGCGGUUCUGGAAAUCCAAGUAUUUGUAGCUAUUGAUACAGAGAUUUCAGUGCAUGUGCAGCAUCCACUACCAGCCACUAUCCCCUCUGUCUCUGAGCUGCUGCUCAUUGCUCACUCGUUUUGAGAAUGUUCAUUCAAAUCGUAGCCACAGUUUUGUUGAAACUGUUCAAUGAGGCAUAGGCUACGUCAGGUUGACCAAAUUGGUUGAGGGUUAAGCAGGUGCGGUAAAGAGUGAAACAUGAAUGUGUGUGUGUGUGUGUGUGUGUGUGUGUGUGUAACUGUAAAAAUAUACAUGCAAGACAAUUAAAAUCCUUAGCUUUGAGAGAUACAAGUUUUCGUAGGGGUAGUUAGGUGUGAGAACGUGGGGAGGAAAAAAUCUGUAUCCAUAGGCAUAUUCAUUAUGGUUAAAACUGAAAUGUUAUUUCUUCAGUACAGUUAAGCUACUGCCUUAUAUAUAGCGAUCCUCGUUGCACACACCAACAGCACUCCUCUUUCUGCCAUGCAAGUGCCACCUUUGACACAAAUACGUACAUAUAUCACUAUAGUGUCAUGUUUUUAACAUAAUGAAUGUAGCGUUUGAAAUCUUUUCCACUCUGAUUUCAGAUUUAUAAAAACAUCCUGGUUGAGUCCAAGGCUACAUCACAACCCUCCAGUAUACAUGAAUGGAUCACUUUAGUAUCUGAAACAAUGGCAGAAAAUGUGUUCUUAGUCGCUACAUUGCUUUGCUUGAUAUCAAUUUAAAGACUGUACUGUACGCAAUGGAGCAAAUAAUCAAGGAAAUAUCUGCAUGUCUUCCGGGCUGGCCCUAGCCUUUGGAGGCCCUUGGCGACAUUUGGGAAAAACAAUGUUCAGGGAAAAUGUGUAACAAAAUCAAACAAUAUGUUUCUUGUUCUCAACAGUAAGGUAAGACACUAUCUGAGUUAUUGCUAACUCCACUUAUUCCUGGGGCCGGCCAUGAUGUCCUUCAGAUUGUUAUUGUUAAGUAUUUACAUUACACCUGUAAUGAAGUGCACAGGUAAUGAUUCAGGCAGCAAUUUAAGUAGUAUAUAUUUAUUUUGGGAACAUAGAAAGUGUUGAGUGUUAAAGAGGAAGUCUGAUGUAAUGGUGGAGAAAAGGAGGAGGUAUAUUUAUAAAAUGUGUUGGUAUACCUCUAAGUGAAUGCAACAUGAAAAGUCUUGACAGAACAGAAGUGGAGCUUCAUCAAUUGUAUCAAUUCAGUGGAACCUCUGCCAUGUGUAUGCCAUUACCCAAGCAAAAGAGAAAUGACACUGCUUCACUACGGAGCACAAGAAACUAGCUUGUCAACAUCAAAAUCCACAUAGGUGUUACAUUAUUUCAGAAGAAAAAUAAACACAAAGAGGUACCAGUAGCUCAUUUAUAUUGCAAACUCUAUUUGUUUUCUACUCUUUAUAAUCUGCCGCUUUGCAAAUUAACCAGUUUAUUUUUACAUAAUACAUUGGCACAGCUAUUUGGAGAUUUGCAUAUAAGUGUAACCAAUAGCAAACAUAAUUUGGUUAGCAAAUAUAAUUUGUUUAGCCAAUAGGAAGGACCUGAGCAGUAAUUUCAUUAAUGGAAAAAAAAAACCCUGUUGUGGAAUUGCCAAUUUAAAUGUUUAUUUGCUUUGUUCAUUCAUACAAUUGUAAAAAUGCAACAUAUUUUUUUUGGACACAAAAUAUGAUUGUACAAGGUUUUAUGUAUCAGAUAAAUAAUAUAUUUCAUUUAAUACAAAGCAGUGAAUGUCAAUAUCUAUAAUAGACAUACAACAUGUAUUUCAAAUAAAUCAUAAAGAGUGAUGUUAAAA